UGUGACGACUCCAACAGUAUGUACGCGGUGUAAUUCUCUUGGACGUCUUAGGGAUUGCUCAUAUCAUAAAUUUGCAAUGAGUGAUGAUAAACAGUGAGACUGACAUCCAAGAUCUUCCAACCUCUUUCAAGCUAAUUUUUGUCACCUCUGUUUUACUGUUGGUGAUGUAUACUUGCCGACAGCUGCACAGCAAAUUUCAUCAUGAACAGAGACAUAAUCACAAAGCUUAUGAAAAUGAACACACAGAUUCAAGGACAAGAGAGGGAAAUGUCCUCGAAAAAUCCUUGUCUACUGCAGAAGAAAAAGAGGUCAAGAAGAGACGGGUUCGUAAAAAGAAACCGCGUAAACAAAUGCAAGAAAACGGUGAAGUUUCAAAAGACAAAGGUAAAGAAAGGGAGAGAACUCCCGAGAACUGUGUUGAUGAUGGAGAUCAAGCCAGGUGCGGUAAAGGCCUUAAGAAAACUCCGCAAAGAGGAGGUCCCCAGCUAGAGGGCGCUAUCAAGCGAGGUGCUAAGGACUCACAAAUUCCCAAAGUUUCUCGACCUGUUGAGCGUGAUGAGAAGUGUGUUAAAAGACGUAACGAGUUUGUCGUAGACGAUGGUGCCGAUCAAGAUGGUAGCGUCACAAAACACACUGAAAAGCGGAGGGAAGAUAUUGGUUCUAAUAAAGCCGUGGAGCAAGUUAAAGACGGCAAAGAGCGUAACAAAAAUCUUACUUCAAAAUGCGUUGAUGAGAGCAGGAAGGAUUUUGUGAAAUCCGGGACGGUCGAUGAGGUUAGAGAUAUGGACAACCCCAAUAGAAAAAUUGUUUCUAGUGAUAAGAAGGAACAUGGAGUAAAAUAUGACACCCAAGAAAACGUGGAACUUGUGAAAGAAAUUCGUGAGGUCAAGAGUGCGGUAAAUUCAUAUUCGUUGAGGAUUUUUGAAAACGGAGUUGGUUCGGUCUGGGCAGUAGAUGACAAAACUACCAGAAGGCCGAAGACGUUAGCGGGAAAGCCUCAUAAACCACUUCAGGCUCACGACAGAGCGGAUUUCCUCGAGAAAGACUUCAUUAAACACGUUGCGAAGGAGACCAAGUACUUGGAUAAGUUGCAGAAGCAGACACAUCCCGAUAGCGAGGCAAAGAGGGAGUGGACAGUGAAUGUCUGCAGAGCUGAGAAUUCUGAGGAUUUUGAAAAGAGAAGCCGAGAAGACGGUCGAUGGGACAGCGGCGGUCUAUUUUGCAGAGCGAGACCACAGUGGUCUGAAGAUGUCGGCCUUCGAGCGAUGGAUCCAAGUGGGGAAAACAGAGAAUUCGUGCAAAGCGUCGUUUUCGGGGACAACUCUGAUACUCAGUCGAAAACGCAGCUAGAAGUCUCCUUCAAAACAGCUGAAUUUGGUUCUAGUCGGCACGAUCUACAGAUCACAUCUGAGGGGCAUGUCGUGAUCGAUCCCGAGGUACGAAAGAGAAUUGUCCAUCCCAAAUGCCCGGUGCGUGUGCCAGAAAUACCGUUGGACAACUUAGACCUGAACGAUCCCAGCCGACGAGAGUAUCUGAAUUACACUCCAGGGCCGAAUGUGUCUCGGGUAAACGGAUUAUUUGGGCGUAAAUGGGAGGAAAUGAUGGAUAAAAAGCAGGAGAAGGAGUUCACUGAAGAAGAUUGUAAGGAUGAAUCCGUUGCUUUCAUUCGCGACUGUCCUACUUUUAUGAUCUGGGGAACAUGCCUCCGUGGGCAACGCUGCCAAUUCCGGCAUCCGUCUUUCAGGUAUCUGGAACGCCCCAAGCGCGCGCCGCCGAGUCCUGCCCCAGAACCUGAGCCUUUACAUGAAGAACCCAAGCCGCCGAACUCUAGAUCUUUCGCAGCCAUCCUAAAGAAGACCAAAUCUCCCGAAAACGCCAAUUUCGUCAACGUUGCUCUGUUCAAAGAAGGCUCGAGCGAGGGUAGCUUGGAAGAAGAAUGGCCGGCACUCAGUUCCCUAGGGAAUGGGAAGUCUCCAAAGUCACGGAAGUUAAAGAGCACCGUUCAAAAUGAACUCAAAGUGCAGGAACCUAAGAAAGUUGAUCGCACGGGACCAGUCGGGUCCACGACUGGUCAGGCACAGAUCGCAAGUGACCAACUCAUUGCUGAAACGUUACAGGUUGACGAGUACGCCAAGGUUAACGAUUUCAACCAAGACGAUUAUUUGUAUCCAGCUGGUCACGAUCAGGAGCUAGACGUGAACGACUAUUAUCCCGAGCAAGUGGAAGACAUUCUUGAGGAUGACGAGAAUUCUUUUGACGCUAGCGAACAGGGAGGUAAACUUGUCCGUGUCGAACAGUCAGACUCUUUCAACUUUAGCCCGUUGAUUAUAGAGGGUAGUUCAGAUCGCGCUGGGGAGCCGGACCAGACAGAGCUCUCUUCCACAUGCGAUAUCUGCAUGGACAGGCCUAAAGACGCCACGUUGAUCUGCGGUCAUAGGUUCUGCUACCUGUGCGCAUUGCAGAUGCGUGCCGACGAACGCGUCUGUGCCAUUUGCCGACGUUGCAUAUUGUCUGUUAUAAAAACGUUCAACUGAGCUAGGAACGCGUUUUUGACCAAGUGAGCCAGCGUUCCUUUCUGCGAAGCUGGUAAGAAAAUGACUGCUCGUAUCCACUGAAGACAUGAGCUUUAAGACUGAUGUUUUUCGAUAUGAAAAGGUUGUCAGACUCUAUUAUAUGGUAAAAUUAAGAGAAGUGCUACGAGUGAUUUUCUUUUCGUGUUGAAUUGACCCAAAAAGAUAAUCUGAUUGAUUUGCCUUAUUAAUAGGUGCUGUAUUUUAUUUUUGCACCAUUCCAGAUUUUACGAUAUUUCAUAGUGUUCUGCGCAGGCGUUUUAUGAGAUUUGGCGUAACGCUUCUCCCAAGAGUCUGGUUCCUCGUAGCUUUCGCACCUAUAAUACUUGAUAGUGCUAAUUUCACAAAAUUUUAAUUGUUUUGUUCGCUCAAUGUGGCAUUUCUCCUUCAACUGCGUUAUGGUUCCGAUGGUUUUGUACAACCAUGUUGGUAAGUUAGACUUUAUAUUCAGAGAUUCAAUAUGCUAGUUACAAGACGAAGCUUAGAAUAGUAGGCUUUUUUAUGAAAUAUAGCCUAUGCGAAUGAUUCGUACGAGAGAUCAAAAUUGUUUAACUUGUCGUAACCUCCAAAUAUUCAUAAACAUUGCAUGGAAAGAAAAAACGAAACAAGAAAGCUUCAAACUGAGGCAAACAAGAAAACAAGUACCAGAUUUUGUCAACGUUUUUAAUAUUUUGGAACGUAAAGAAAUAGUAAAAUUUACUUUUGCAUUGUUAUGUUUGGUACAUUACAUUAACAUAUUACGACUUGAUGGUUUUGUAUUACCGUUAAAUUAUUUUUUUUUUGGAAAAGAAUUUAUUAUAGAAAUCCCCAAUUUGAUGUCAAUUCA